GUUUUUUGAGGAGCGAAGCCCCGCCCUGCGUUCCAAGCGCUCCAUCAGCUGCGGGGAAAGAAACAUUCCGAGGGCUUUUGGUGCUCCGCUUUCUGGCUGCGAAGGCUAGAUAACACAUACACCCACCUCGGAACGGAGACAAGGAAGCAGAGCAACAACGGACAAGAUACCUGGUCCCACCCCAUCAUGGCUCCUCUGUAGUGGCAAAAUGCUGAGGAAAAAGAUGGAUCCAGUUGUUCCCUGGUCCGUUUAAAGCACUGCUGUAGUUAUAACUAAGCAAGAAGCAAACUGAUAAAGGAAUGCAUAAGUAAACCAAAAUGGAGAGAGCAAAUGGCCCUGGUCUACAGCUCCAGCCGCUUGCAACGUUGUCUGUACCACAGCUGGCUCAUGAGGAUUCCUUCUCUUACAAGGAAAACCUGAUUGGUGCCCUGCUGGCUAUUUUUGGACACCUCAUCAUCAGCAUCGCACUCAACCUCCAGAAAUACAGCCAUAUCCGGCUGGUGGGUUGCAAAGACCACCGGGCCUACUUCAAGACCAAGACAUGGUGGUGUGGCCUGUUCCUGCUGUUCCUGGGGGAGCUGGGGGUCUUCUCUGCCUAUGCCUUUGCACCCCUUUCCCUGAUUGUGCCCCUUGGUGCCGUGUCUGUUAUAGCAAGUGCAAUCAUUGGAAUCAUAUUCAUUAAGGAAAAAUGGAAGCCGAAAGACUUCUUGAGGCGCUAUGUUUUGUCCUUCAUAGGCUGUGGCUUGGCUAUUGUCGGGACAUACCUACUGAUAACCUUCGGGCCUAACAGUCACGAGACCAUGACAGGAGAGAACAUCACUAAGCACUUGGUCAGCUGGCCGUUUCUCUUGUAUAUGCUGGUAGAGAUAAUCAUUUUCUGCCUGCUGCUGUAUUUCUACAAAGAGAGGAAAGCUAACUAUAUUGUGGUGAUUCUGCUGUUGGCAGCACUCCUGGGUUCUAUGACAGUCAUCACGGUGAAGGCAGUGGCAGGAAUGGUGGUGGUUUCGAUACGAGGGAACCUCCAGCUGGGCUACCCCAUUUUCUACAUCAUGGUGGUCUGCAUGGUGGCAACAGCAUCCUUUCAGGCAACGUUUUUAACACAAGCAACACAGCUGUACGAUGCAUCACAGAUUGCCAGCAUAGGAUACAUCUUGUCCACUGCAAUAGCAAUUACUGCAGGUGCAACCUUCUACUUGGACUUCAUUGGAGAAGACAUACUUCAUAUAUGCAUGUUUGCCUUGGGGUGCCUCAUUGCAUUUUUAGGCGUCUUCUUGAUCACUAGAAACAAGAAGAAAUCAAUCUUUUUCGAACCGUACAUCUCCAUGGAUGCUAUGCCAAGCAUGCAGAAUUUGCAUGACAACGGAACGGCAGUUCAGCCUGAGCUCAAAACGUCAUUUUCCUAUGGUGCCCUGGAGAACAACGACGCCAUCUCUGAGAUCUACGCACCUGCUACGUUGCCGAUAGUGCAGGAGGAACAUGGUUCGAGGGGGUCAUCUGUGCCUCCCUACCGGGUCAUGGAGCAUAACAAAAGGGAGUGAAAGCCCUUGUAAGGGACUGGCAUGAUGCCUCCAAGUGUGGUCCUCUUAUUUAUUCAUCCCUUCUUCUUUUUAAGCACCGCUAAGUCAAAAAAAAAAAAGUCACUUUAUUUAUGGGUUAAGUGUGUAUGGAAUGACUACUUUAAAGAUUGAACUGUGUUAAAGAGUCCCCUACCCGUGUAAUACGAAAGCUAAGUUGAUUGUUGCAGGACGCAAGGAGCUGCAUCGGCCUCGCUAAGCUAAACUGUAACAGGAUGUAUAGCUAUGUCAAAAGGAACUCAGAGGAUAUUCUGAUGGCUGUAAUAUUGCUGGUCAAACAGCAGGAACUAAAGGGUGAGUUUAGACUCUGUUUUCCUGAUAAAAUUCCCUUUGUGAUCACAUAACGCGACUCAGUAUGUGGGUUGUACGGGUCUCAAGCAGAGCUUUGGGUUCGUGCGCCUUCCCCACCGCAUAUGGAUGGUUGUAUCCUGCUUAAGUUUUACUCAGCAUGGACUCCCUGAACUUAAUAGACCAAAGUUGUCCAUUUAUUUCAGUUCCUCUGCUCUGAGUAUCAUUAGCAUUGGAUACAACCCAGGAUAUUUUUAAUAUGAAUCAAAACUUACACAUGUCAAUUCCUGUUUUAAUUAGACCUGCUCAUGCUACCUGCCUGCUGCCUUGUACCUUAAGGAGAAAACUAGGCAAACAUUUGAAGAUGUUAGAUAAGAUUGAGAGCCCCAA